UGUAUUUUCAAUCUGUAAUGCUUUAUUUAUCCACAAAUUAUAUUUUCAUAUUAUUCUUUCAUAUCAAGUGCUCACUCAAAGAUUGUCAUAACCCAUUUUUCAUCUACAAAGUUUAUAACUAAUGAGAUUAUGAUCUCGAACUAGCUAAUUCCAUGCAAUAAUUUCAUGGAGGUUGGGCUGUCAGGAGAGAAAUUAAAUAUUCACACAGAACAAGGGUCAAGUAAUAUUCAAUGGAGAAGGUUUGGAAACUCUAAUCAUCAAAGACUCACAUGGUACAAGACUCAAUUUGAUGCACCCAAAGGAAAUGACCCUGUUGCAUUAAACCUUGGUUCUAUGGGAAAAGGGGAAGCUUGGGUUAAUGGACAAAGUAUUGGGCAAUAUUGGGUCUCAUUUCUUACCCCAGAAGGGAGUCCUUCACAAACAUGUGGUAUGAUGAAGAUCAAAAAAGCAGAGUCUCCGUUAACAAAACAAAUCACACACUCCUAA